AUGGCGCAACCAGAUACCGCUGUUUGUUCUAUAUAUGCCGAGCUGCUCUCGAAUAUUAGACAAGUGUCAGUUAGAGCUACGCUGUUGUCGCCAUCGGAUGCGACGACCAAGGCCGAGAUUCUCGAUGACGGCCGUCGCAUUCAGAUUCAGCACCAGGGCGAAGUAAGAUCACUAGGCCUUCCAGCAACUGUCCUGGUGCGAUCUACGAUCCCUAUCCCAGAGAAUUCCUCACAGGACUUGACCUGGAGGCUACCAGUGCCGGCCACCGAGACGCAACUGACAAGGUUCUCUGCCGAGAACCAGUCAGUGCCUUGGAGCUCUACGGAUCUAGAAGUCGGCUCCUCUAUUUGCUGCCGACACUGCAAUUACAAUAUUGUCCAGCGAGGCCGUAUAAAGUCAUGGAAAGAUUUACCCAGCGAGAACUGGGCAGAAAUGAUGGAGUUUUGGCAUUGCCAUAAGCCUCAUGACCAUGAGCCUCAUGAUGGCGAAAAUCUCUCCAAGCGCGGAUACGGAGCUAAUAGUGCAAUUACCGCCCAACCUGAAGUCGGGUUUGUGGACCUCACUUCCUUCAUGUUCUCCGAGUCGGACUGUGAUGGACUGUCAUUUUCUCGCCCUGAUUCGGACGCCUCCUUCGACGCCAGCAAAGAAGCUAUUGAUGCCACCGAUCCAGUGAGACCUUUACGUAUCUCCUGCAAGACUUGCCGUGCAGAAAUAGGAAUCUAUAAUGCCCUGGCAGCAUCUAUUACCCUGUUCAAGUGGCAACCACUCUAA